AUGGGGAUCGAUUUGAACACCAUAGACGAGGAGGAAGAAGAGCCGGAGCAGCCGGCCUACCACGCCGCUUCGCCGCCCGCGGCGACACCGGUGGAUCGCGCGCUUCAGGUGACGCCGGUGUGCCUGGAGCUGUGGCACGCGUGCGCGGGGCCCCGGAUAUGGCUGCCCAAGAAGGGAAGCUUGGUGGUGUACUUCCCGCAGGGACAUAUCGAGCACUUUGGGGAGGACGGUCGUCGGAGAGGCGGAGUCUGCCGCCGCGAUGUGCCGCCUCAUGUGUUUUGCCUUGUGGUCGACGUCAAGCUUCAUGCUGAUGCGGCUACGGACGAGGUCUAUGCCCAGCUCUCUCUUCUUGCUGAAAGCGAGGAAUUUGAACUAAGAAUGAAGAAGGGUGAGGCUGAAGGAAACGAGGAAGAUGAGGAUGUCGAAUGUAUAAGCCGAUCCUCUAUUCCACACAUGUUCUGCAAAACCCUCACUGCCUCUGACACGAGCACCCAUGGAGGGUUUUCUGUGCCCCGCCGUGCCGCCGAGGACUGUUUCCCUCCCCUGGAUUAUAAGCUGCAGAGGCCUUCCCAAGAGCUUAUUGCAAAAGAUUUACAUGGCACAGAAUGGACGUUUAGACAUAUCUACAGAGGUCAACCACGUAGGCAUCUUCUUACAACUGGAUGGAGUGCAUUUGUGAAUAGGAAAAAGCUAAUCUCAGGAGAUGCAGUGCUCUUUCUUCGGGGUAAUGACGGGGAGCUUAGAUUGGGUGUUAGAAGAGCAGCUCAAUUUAAAAGCGGGAGUCCAGUUUCAGCACAUCCAAGUGGGAACAUGAAUCUAGCUGCACUGACCAUCAUUGCUAAUUCUGUGUCCGCAAGAAAAGUCUUCCACAUCUAUUAUAACCCAAGGGCAACCUCAUCGAAGUUCAUAGUUCCAUACUGGAAAUUUUUAAAAAGCUUCAAUCAUCUCAUUUCCGUGGGAAUGAGGUUCAGAAUGAUUUAUGAGAGUGAUGAUGCCACAGAGAGAAGGUCCACAGGACUGAUAACUGGGAUCAGUGACAUAGACCCUAUAAGAUGGCCUCACUCCAAGUGGAGGUGUCUGUUGGUAAAUUGGGACAAUGAUGUAGAUGCUAAUCAACAAAAGAGGAUAUCUCCAUGGGAAAUUGAACCAAUUGGUCCUGUUAUAGGCUCUGGCAGCUCGACAACAGCAGGUCUCAAGAGGGCCAAAAUCACUCUUCCCUCUGUCAGUAUGGAUUUUCCAAUUCCAAAUGGAAAUGGGUGUCCAGACAUGAGGGAAUCUGCAAGCUUCCACGAGGUCUUGCAAGGUCAAGAAGUUACUAGACUCACACCUCCAAUUUGUGUCGGUGUGGCAGCCUCUCAUUUUUCUGAGAACUCAGGGAUUAAGGGGAAAUCUGCUGAUGCAAAUAACAGCAUCAUAGGUGAAUUUAUUCCAGGAAGUAGGGUCAGAAUCCCACAUGGAAAAUCUGACUUUUCCUUCAAUUGCACAGGCUUUAGUGAAUCUGUCGGAUUCCAGAAGGUCUUGCAAGGUCAAGAAGUUUUCUCAAAAGUUCCACCAUUCCUUGGAGCUGGAUCUGAUGCUCAUAGAAGAUAUGGUGUGUAUGGUCUGUUUGAUGGUCUUCACGCGUAUCAUACUCAAAGCAGAUUGCCUGCAGCAUCUCUUGGAUAUGUUACUCUUGUUCAACAGUCUUUGCCACCAAUCCAAGCAUUUCCACCGUCAUCAGUGCUAAUGUUUCAAGAAGCAAGUUCCAAAAAUUUGUUGUUUCAGCCUAUGCAUAGCAUGAAUUGUCAAGAUAGGGAUGAUAAUGAGUGCUACUCCGCCAAGUUAGAUGGAUCCAAAACCAAAACCUUGCAUAGAGAAGAGGCAAACUCUCCAUUUUGGCCUGCUACGGGUCGUCAUUUCACCAAUCAGCAACACAAAAUGGUAAAAGUCUAUGCUCCUGUCUUGGCUGGCAAGUCGGACUUGGAAAACGAUAAGAGUGCCAGCCGAAAGGGUUUCAGGCUUUUUGGUUUUUCCUUGACUGAAAAGAUUCCUGUAACGAAUUUAGUUGAUCCACCUCCGCCAGUCUCUCAAACUAAAACUGACGUCAAGGCCGAUAUUGCUUUCUCGACUUCAAUGCCUCAAAUGUGCCCUUUAUGCUGAUUGUGCAGCUCCACUUGAGGACUUCAUCACUUGACAAAAGCCGUGGUCUGCAUGCAUCUAAGUGAUAAGUGAUGUAGGAAGGUAUCCUGGGAGUUUGAUGGGAAUUAGGAUCUAAAAUUUGAGAUGUGCAGCUUAAUGACCUGGAAAAGAAUGCUUUGUUUCCUAUGAUAUUGAGGUCGACAAGGUGCAGUUUGGUAAUGAUCUUUGGCAUUUGUUUGGUACAAGUAGCACCACCUCUGCUGCAUGAUCUUUUGCUAUGGAACAUUUUGAAAUGUGGCUCCGAACUCUUGGUAAACAAUCAUGAAGCUGAAAAAAUCAUGGUUUGGCAACUGAUGGCUAAUCAAAGGUGUUGUAAUAUGCGUUGCGUCUUUACCAGCUAAUUAUGAAUUAAACUCUAGAAGACGUGGGCUAUGCUAGACUAUGAUCUCAAGUGUUGAUCUCUCUUUCUGAUGCACUUUCCAAUCAGCUACCUUUUUAACUUUUUCGAUGUCAUGUACUAUAUUCUGCUUCUUAUCAAACUACCAAGUAAUGUGCUUUAAUAUUGUUGGCA